AACCAUUUCAACCCCAGCACACCACACCUCCUCUAAUUCCAGCAGCAAACCUCAAAUCAGUCAUCAGAAUUCCACACUCAAAGCUUCAAUGCUCUUGACUCUCAGAAAAACCACACUGCACUUUGUUUCCAAGAUUACACUUUUCUCAUUUCCAAGACUCCACCUUUCAACCCUUUCUCCUUCAUCUUCAUCCCUUUACCAAAACCCCACAAAAACCCUUUCUCAAUCAGACAUCAAGAACCUCAUCCUCUCUCAUUAUCACCAUGGCAAGUUCCAUAGCCUGCUUCAAAACGUCGUCGCUUUACCCUCUUUCCUCCUCACAGCUUGUCACAAUCUCAAACCAAAUGACAAGAAUACCCUCACUCUGGAUUCUGUCUCAACCUAUUUUUUCUCACUUCAAGAACUCUCCUUUCAGCUAUCUACAAACCAAUUUGAUGUCAAAGAUUGCUGCUUUAUCAUCCCUUCAUCUUCAUUGAAAGGUAAAUCACUUGUGCUUCCUAAUUUGAAGCUUAAAGUAGUUAUUGAAGCUGUUAGAAUGGUUCUUGAAGCUAUAUAUAAUGAUAGAUUUGUGACAUUUUGUUAUGGUGGACGUGUUAAUAUGGGAAGACAUACCGCUAUUCGUUACCUUAAAAACUCUGUUGAGAACCCCAGUUGGUGGUUUACUGUUUGUUUGAAUACUGCAAAGUUUGAAAAUAAGCAUGUUGAUAAGCUGUGUAGGGUUAUGGAAGAGAAAAUUAGUGAUGAAGCAUUGAUUAGUUUGAUAAAAGUGUUGUUUGAGUCUGAAAUAGUGAGUAUUCAACUGGGUGGUUGUUAUUUAGGUAGAGGGCUACCUCAAGAAUGUGGGUUGAGUUCAAUUUUGAUUAACAUUUACUUUGAUAGUUUCGAUAAGGAGAUUCAAGAACUAAGGCUUAAAACGAGUCGGGAGAAUCCUAGAGUUGAUGAGGGAUAUCAGGGGAAUGCUUUCUAUAAGCCGUUGAAGAUAUAUGCAGUUAGAUAUUUGGAUGAGAUAUUGGUUAUCACGUCGGGGACAAAGAUGAUGACUUUGGAUUUGAAGGGUAGGCUUGUGCAGAUUCUUGAGAAAAAUAUGGAAUUCAGUAUUGAUAAGGUUAAGACUGUUAUUCAUAGUGCUACUUCUGAGAAGAUAGAAUUUUUGGGGAUGGAGCUUCAGGCAGUUAAGCCAUCUGUCUUGCACCCGCCAAUGUCACAAAAGGCGAUUAGGGCGAGGAAAAAGUACCUCCGACAGAAAGAAGUUAGAGCCUUGGAGUUGAGAAAUGCUAAGGAGAGUAAUAGGAAGAAAUUGGGGAUGAAGAUAUUCAGUCAUGUAAUUAAGAAAAUGAAGCGUGCCAAUGGUUUUAAAACUGAUUUCCAGAUUGAGAGUGAAGUCAAUCAAAUCUUUGAUUCUUGGGCUGAAGAGGUAAUGCAAGACUUUUUGGAAUCUGUCGAUGAUCGUUGGGAAUGGCACCGGAUGCUCUCAGCUGGGGACUUCCUCUCUUUGAAAAGGAUCAGAGAUCAACUGCCCCGUGAACUCGUGGAUGCUUAUGACAACUUUCAAGAGCAAGUUGACCGGUACUUAAAUCCCGUCAAAGCAAAAAGGAUGUUAGAGGAACAAGUAAAGAUAGCGGAGGAAGAAGAGGAAAGGAAAUACUCUGAUGAGACGGUGGCAGACCUGACUAAGUUAUGCAUAAAAGUCGAGGCACCCUUAGAAAUUGUUAGGAAGGCAGUCAAACUGGUUGGAUUUACAAAUCAUAUGGGUCGUCCUAGACCGAUUAGUGUACUUAUGGUUCUUGAAGAUGCUGAUAUCAUCAAGUGGUAUGCUGGUAUUGGGAGAAGGUGGCUUGAUUUCUUUUGCUGCUGCCACAAUUUCAGAACGUUGAAGAUUAUAGUAUCUUAUCAUUUAAGAUUCUCGUGCAUCUUGACUUUAGCGGAGAAGCAUGAAUCCUCAAAGAAGGAAGCAAUCAGACAUUACACCAAGGAUCUGAAAGUUUCUGAUGUUGAUGGGGUUGAAGAAAUGUAUUUUCCCACAGAAAGGGAAGUCAAAAUGAUGGGAGAUAACCAUCUCAUUGAUCCAAAGCCUGUGGAUGGUUCUCUGGGGAUGGCAUUGAUUAGAUUAGCUUCUGAUGAGCCCUCUUACCGCUGUGCUGCUCAUUUUUGUGACAGAAGAGAUGCUAUUGUCUACCGGAUUAGGUUGCUUAAGAAUCUUCUUAAUUUGGAUCCGUUUGAUCGAAGUAAGUGGAUUCCGGGAAUGGGUGCUAUACACGAGAAUUUGAACAAGAGAUGCAUUCCUUUAUGCUCUGAUCAUAUUAGUGAAUUGUACUUAGGUAGACUAACUUUGCAAGACACUGAUUGUGCUUCUCUUUUGCAUGUGGAUUAGUUGAUGUCCGACAUUAGUGUUGGAGUGACAUCAAGAAUGCUGUAAAUUACAGUAUUUAUACAAUGAAAAUACACCUCAAGGUUGAAAGAGUAGAUUGAGCAGAACCAAAAACCAGGUAAACUGUAAAGGCAUAUUUAUCCAAUUUUAGCUAGAAUGAAGCUCUCUUAUGUUGGUGUUUUCUUCUUCAUCUUUUCUCGUCGAAUAGUGUAAACCGAACUUGUACU